AUGGGUGAUUUUGAUGAUACCCACAAUAUACGAAACAUAUGCAUAUUAGCACAUGUUGAUCAUGGCAAGACAACUCUUGCUGACCAUUUAAUUGCUGCUACGGGUGGGGGCUUGCUCCACCCAAAAUUAGCUGGGAAACUUAGGUUUAUGGAUUAUCUUGAUGAGGAACAAAGGCGAGCAAUAACGAUGAAGAGCUCGUCGAUAGCUCUUCACUAUAAGGAUUAUUCGAUAAACCUCAUAGAUUCACCUGGUCAUAUGGAUUUUUGUAGUGAGGUUUCGACUGCUGCGAGGUUGAGUGAUGGGGGAUUGGUUUUGGUUGAUGCUGUUGAGGGGGUACAUAUACAGACUCAUGCUGUUUUGCGUCAAGCUUGGAUUGAGAAGCUCACGCCUUGUUUAGUGCUUAAUAAGAUUGAUAGGUUGAUUUGUGAGUUGAAAAUGAGUCCGAUGGAAGCGUACAAUCGGCUGUUGAAGAUUGUUCAUGAGGUGAAUGGGAUAAUGAGUGCGUAUAGGUCGGAGAAGUAUUUGUCUGAUGUUGAUUCCAUACGUGCUGGACUGUCUGGUGAUGGGGGAGAUGAGAAUCUUGAGUUUAUAGAGGAUGACGAUGAGGACACUUUUCAACCACAGAAAGGGAACGUGGCAUUUGCUUGUGCACUGGAUGGGUGGGGUUUUAGUAUUCAUGAGUUUGCUGAGUUUUACGCAUCAAAGCUUGGAGCGAGUUCAGCUGCAUUGCAGAAGGCUCUCUGGGGUCCUAGGUUUUUCAAUCCAAAGACAAGGAUGAUUACGGUGAAGAAGUUUUUGGAUGCAGGAAGCAGGGAGCGUCCUAUGUUUGUGCAGUUUGUGCUGGAACCACUAUGGCAAGUUUACCAAUCUGCUUUAGAGCCCGAUGGGGAUAAAGGCUUACUUGAGAAGGUCAUAAAGUCAUUUAAUUUGAAUGUACCUCCCCGUGAGCUUCUGAAUAAGGACCCUAAGGCUGUGCUGCAAUCUGUUAUGAGUCGCUGGCUUCCUUUGUCAGAUGCAAUUUUGUCGAUGGUUGUGAAGUGCAUGCCGGAUCCUAUUGCAGCUCAAUCCUUUCGUAUAUCACGUUUGAUUCCUAAGAGAGAAGUUUUGCUUGAUGGGGUUGACUCUAGUGUUCUUGCAGAGGCGGAUCUUGUUAGAAAGUCUAUCGAGGUUUGUGAUUCCAGUCCUGAAGCACCUUGUGUUGCUUUUGUAUCAAAAAUGUUUGCUGUCCCAACAAAAAUGUUACCUCAAAGAGGUCCUAAUGGGGAGAUUUUGAGCAAUUCUACUGAUGAAAAUGGAAAUGGUGAAUCAGAUGAGUGCUUCCUUGCUUUUGCAAGAAUUUUUAGUGGGGUUCUUUGUUCCGGACAAAGAGUCUUUGUGCUUUCAGCGUUGUAUGACCCAUUGAGGGGGAGCUUGAAACCAGUGGCUUCCGCGAAGGCAGGGAAUGUUGUGGCGAUCCGAGGCCUUGGCCAGCAUAUAUUGAAAAGUGCAACUCUAUCAUCCACUAAAAACUGCUGGCCUUUCUCAAGCAUGGCAUUCCAGGUUGCCCCAACUCUGAGAGUUGCUAUUGAGCCUUCUGAUCCAGCGGAUUCUGGUGCUCUGAUGAAAGGUUUGAGGCUUCUGAACCGGGCUGAUCCAUUUGUAGAGGUUACUGUUUCAUCUACAGGGGAACAUGUUCUUGCAGCUGCUGGAGAGGUUCAUCUGGAAAGAUGCAUUAAGGAUUUGAAAGAGAGGUUUGCUAAAGUGAGCCUGGAAGUCUCCCCACCUCUUGUGUCCUUUAAGGAGACUAUUGAAGGAGAUGCAUCCAUUAUGUUAGAUAACCUGAAAUCAUCAACUAGAAGCUUAGGUUUUGUUGAGAAGAUGACACCAAAUGGGAGAUGUGUUGUUCGUGUGCAAGUCAUGAAACUUCCAUCUGCACUAACCACGGUGCUUGAUAAAAGCACUGAUAUACUUGGAGAUAUUAUUGGUGGUAAGCUGGGGCAGACUACCAGCAACUUGGAAACAGAGAGAUCAAGCAUCGUGAAAGAUGAGAGUCCAAUUGAAAAGGAUAAGGAUCGGGCUGAAAAGUACAAACUUAAGUGGCAAGAGUUUCUUAAGAGGAUCUGGGCACUUGGACCAAGACAAGUUGGCCCUAACAUCCUCUUCACUCCGGAUUCCAAAACCUUGAGGAAUGAUUCCUCUGUUCUUAUACGGGGUUCCCCUCAUGUAUCUGAGAGGUUGGGGUUGGUGGAGUGUUCUGGCAAUGGUGAAAUGCCCGCUGACACAGCCUCUGAAGAACUUGGUGCGUUGUACAUGGAAGCAGAGGGUCUUCAGAACAGUGUAGUGUCUGGAUUUCAACUAGCAACAGCAGCUGGCCCUUUAUGUGAUGAACCAAUGUGGGGAUUGGCUUUUGUUAUUGAGGCCUUCAUACAUCCUUUGGCUGAGCAAUCUGAUGAUUCCGAGUCUAUCCAACCAUCUGAGCAGUAUGCGAUCUUCACUGGACAAGUAAUGACAGCCGUGAAAGAUGCAUGUAGAGCAGCUGUGCUUCAGAAGAAGCCUCGGCUUGUUGAAGCAAUGUAUUUUUGUGAGUUGAACACCCCAACUGAAUAUUUGGGCUCUAUGUAUGCCGUACUUAAUCGGAAACGAGCCCAGGUCUUAAACGAAGAAAUGCAGGAAGGAUCCCCAUUUUUCUCGGUUCAAGCAUACGUUCCAGUUUCUGAAAGCUUUGGUUUUGCUGAAGAUCUUAGAAGAUCCACUGCAGGUGCUGCAGGUGCUCUUCUUGUACUGAGUCAUUGGGAAGAACUUCCUGAGGAUCCUUUCUUUGUUCCUAAAACAGAAGAGGAGAUUGAAGAGUUUGGAGAUGGUUCUAGUGUUCUUCCCAACACAGCAAGAAAGCUCAUGGAUGCUGUAAGGCGGCGUAAGGGCCUCCCCGUGGAGGAAAAAGUUGUCCAGUUUGCAACUAAGCAGAGGACCCGUGCUCGUAAAGUGUAG